GCAUGGGAACAAAGUUUAGAGCAGCAGUUAUUCUCCUUUUUCUUUCAUUCAUCCUUCUUCAGCUGGUGUUUUCUGAAUCCAACGAUGGAUUCGUUAGAAUUAGACUCAAAAAGUUUAAGUUAGAUGAAAACAAUCGGAACGCUGCUCGACUUACCAGGCAAAUACUGGAUUCUAAAAUUGCUCGCGGCAUUGUAGGGCUAAAGAAUUACAUGAACAUGCAGUACUAUGGUGAGAUUUCAAUCGGUACACCGCCACAGAACUUCACUGUAAUGUUUGAUACAGGAAGCUCUAAUCUGUGGAUACCUUCCUCAAAAUGCUACUUAUAUCCUGCGUCUCAUUUUCAUUCCAAAUACAAUGCCAGUCAAUCAAGAACAUAUAAAGUCAACGGAACAUCUGCUGAGAUAUUCCAUGGUUCAGGUUCAAUUGCUGGCAACUUUUGCCAAGACGAUGUUUUAGUUGGUGGUUUGACAAUUAAGAAUCAGGACUUCAUUGAAGCAAGAAGACUGUCCGGUUUUGUGUUUAAGUUUACCAAGUUUGAUGGUGUUCAUGGCCUUGGAUUUCAGGAGAUCUCAGCUGGAGGUGUUGUUCCAGUAUGGCACAACAUGAUGAACCAGGGUCUGAUUCAGAAUCCAGUGUUCUCAUUUUGGCUAAAUAGAAACACAAAAGAAGAGGAAGGAGGUGAACUUGUGUUUGGGGUGAUUGAUCCAAGGCAUUACAAGGGGAAUCAUACUUAUGUCCCUGUGACCCAUAAGGGUUUUUGGCAGUUUGAUAUGAGUGAAGUCUUCGUCAGGGGUCAACCAAUAGGUCCAACGGUUGUGAUUACCAUGAUAAACAAUGAAAUUGGAGUUAGAGGAGUUGUUAACCGUAAAUGCAAGACAAUCGUUGGAGUGCAUGGAAAAUCAAUUCUGAACAAGCUCCUAGUGCCACCAUCUCAGAAAAUUUGUUCCCUAAUUGGAUUAUGCUCAUUUAAUAGAAGUAAUAAUAGAAGAACUUCAGAUGUUUUACUUAUGUGCAAUACUUGUGAAAUGAUAGUUGUGUGGAUAUGGAGAGUCAAGUCCAAUCUAAAGGACCAGGUCCAGCCUCUUAGAAUGCCCAAGCCCAAAGGAUAA